UAUCAGCUGUAGUAAACAAUUUUCAUACAAACCUUUUGGCGUCAUAUAUAUAUGAUUAUUUUGUUACUUUGCGCGGGAAAUUUAUUAAAAUAUUAACAUAUGUUAAUUAGGGACAAACAAAAAAGAGUUUUAUAAAAUCGUAGUUGUUGUUAUAUAGAGCGUUGCUAAAUAAAAACAAAUGCUUUCAUAAAAUAGUUUAUGCGCAGUGGGUGUAUAUUAUUGUAGGUAUACAUUCACACGUGUAUAUUUAUGUAAACAACAACACAUCAAAUAUAUAUUUUUUCUCAAAAUCGUAAUUUUAAUGUAAGGGGAAAAAAGCAUAAAAUGGAUGAUGAUGAUGAAAUGAUGGAUCAAGAUCAGGAUUGUGAUGAGACGCAGGACCGUCAGACAAUCCAGUAUCAGUAUGGUGACCUUUUGCCCAAAUUGGGUCGAAGACCUGGAUCAAAACCCGCUAAAACUUCUGCUCAACGUCAACGAGAGUACAGGGAACGAAAAAAAAAGCGUGAGAAAUGUGAUUUAGAGAAAGAUUGUUUGCCCAAUAAUGAAAAUACAAUUGGUAUCGAUAAAAAUACUAAAGAUGAAAUAAGUACUCCGAUAAAAAGUUUUCAAAGUUUUGUUGCUGAUGAAAACUUACUUCCAAAUAAAAAGCCAAUUUAUGAUGACACUUACAACCCACUAAGUCAGAUAAAAAUAAUAAAUGUCGAAUCAUUGAGCGAAAAAAAAAAUUGUUGGAUGGAAAAUGAUAGCAGCAUUAAUACUUAUACUACACAGCGGCCACCUUUAAUUAGAGUAAAAAGCGAAUUCAGUGAGAAGAAGAUGAUAGAAAGAAAAUUUAGUAUUGAUGAAGAUACAAAUACUGAUUAUCAGACUAAAAUAUUAUCGAGUGACACCAUCUCUGUGAAAAAUAUUCCGAAAAAGUAUCUUCCUAUUGUUUUGCUCCACAGAAUUGUCGUACCUAAAAAAAGUCUUGAUCCUCCAGCUGUAGUUAUCAAGACGGAAAAGGAAGAGCUCGAGAACUUUUCAAUUAAAACUGAAUAUGACGAAUCAAAACCUACAGAACAGCCGGUACAGCCGUCAAAAAUCAGUAACUCUCAUGGUCCAACGGCUUACAAAUGUACUAAAUGUAACUAUACAUUUGAUGAAUCAUCUCAUUUAAUACAACAUAAAAUAAAGUAUCACAAUGGACGGCCUUACAGUUGUCAUCUUUGUUCUUUUACUAGUUCAUCAAGCAGAGGUCUGAAGAAUCACAUCAAUUUUCACAGUAAAAAAGCCCAUAAAUGCAGUUUUUGUAAAUACGCGACUACCAGACCCAUACUUCUGAAGGAACACAUGAGUAAGCACACUGGCGAAGCUCCAUUCAAGUGUCCUCACUGUCCGUUUUCUACUGCCUACCAGAGGAGUCUUAAAACUCACGAACUCAUACAUGCCGACGAGCCGGGAUAUUCUUGCAGCGUUUGCCCAAGUAGUUUCUACCAGCCGCAAAAUUUGAAACGGCACAUCCUGACGCACACUAGAAACAGAGUAUUCGAAUGCGACUAUUGUAAGAAAGUAUUCUUCCGCAAAUGUCAUCUCAAAAAUCAUAUAUUUGCUCAUAUGAACAUCAGACGAUUUCAAUGCGAGAUUUGUCAGCUUAAAUUCAUACAAUUGUAUCACUUGCAACGUCACAGACGUACGCAUUUCAGAGAAAAAUUGUAUCCGUGUGAUGUUUGUCCUGAAAAAUUUGAUCGGCUGUACAGUUUAAAGCAACACGUUUUCAGUGCACACACUGAUAAGAAACGUCAGUACGCAUGUGAUAUCUGUGACUUGAAAUUUAAUCGCUCGGAUUAUUUUAAACGACACAAUACUAUUCAUCAUGCAGGUCCACGCGAUAUCGGUAAAUACAGACGUUUGUACAGAUGCAAAAUUUGUCACUACGUUACGACGUCAGCAAUUUUCUUUAACGAACACUUCAACAAACACAUGGAUCGUAACUUGGUAAUUUGUAAUGAGUGCGGCAGAUCAUUUGAACAAAGAAAAAAUUUGAAUGUACAUUUGCGCCACCAUAAAAAGUUGUCCCAAAAUUCGUAGCGGUAAUUCUGCUAUAGAAAUACUUAUAAAUGUUAUGAAAAUGUAACCAGUGCUAUUAUUUUUUUUGUUUUCGUUAUGAUAAUUAUUGAUGUUAACAUAUGAGAUCUAUUUUGAGAUGAAAAGAUGCUAUAUUUUAAUAAUAAUGUGGUAAAUUUUUUGUAACAAACGUAAUUGUUAAUGAAACUUUAUUGUCUAUAUU